AUGGCCAGGUUUGGCGUCCACAUUUAUCGAAGCAAAAAAGAGCAAGAGAUUUACAACAAAUCAAUUGCGGGAAGGUAUGCCAAGCUAGUGAAGAAGAACCAUUUUUUGUACUUGGGAUUACCAUUCCUUGUAGCUAUAGUUGCCGGCUCGAUCUAUCUCCAGAAAUUCAGCAGCGUCAAGUGGGAGCAGUAUGACCAAAAGUACCAACAACUUGGUGAAGAAGAAAUGCUCAACAUGAUUGAAAACAAAAGAAAGGUCGAUAAAAGAGACGACUACUACAGGUUGCAGGGUCUUUUAACGGACCACUUGGAGAAAGAUGUUCAAAACGACUAUGAAAUGGUUAGAGUACCUCGAAGCAAGGAAGACGAAUCCAUCUGGUGA